AUAAAAUGGUACAAUCCCAUCUUAAUUGCCCAGAAUUCACUCUCCCAUCACACCCACCAUCUCCCCCGAAGCUGUGCAGCCGAACCAGACGACCCAGAAGAAAGCGGCGGCGGCGGCGGCGGCCAUGGCGAGCGAUUCGAGCGCGGCCCAGCUCAAGUCGGACGCCCUGAUGGAGCAGAUGAAGCAGCACCUCUCCACCGACGCCGGCGAAGCGAUCGUCAAGAAGAUCGGCCUCGUCUAUCAGAUCAACAUCGCCCCUAAGAAAAUUGGGUUCGACGAGGUGGUCUACAUCGUGGAUCUGAAGAAAGGAGAGGUCACUAAAGGACCAUAUGAAGGUGGAAAACCUGAUGCUACUUUUUCCUUCAAAGAUGAUGAUUUUAUCAAGGUUGCCACAGGAAAAAUGAAUCCUCAAAUUGCUUUUAUGAGGGGAGCAAUGAAGAUCAAGGGAAGCCUGAGUGCAGCGCAGAAAUUUACCCCUGACAUAUUCCCGAAGCCAUCAAAGAUGUGAGCAGUUCAAAAGGGUCUUCAUUCCUAGGUGGUGUGUCCCCUCUCGUUUCGGUGGGUAAAGGGGGAAAAGAAUUAGAAGAUUAUUCCAGCAUCACAAAAGUGGAAGUUGUAUGAACUAGUCCUUCACAUGUCUGUCAUGGUAAUGGAGCGACAUUAGUACUGAGAUAUGGAACUUGAUGAGGGACUUUUCUUCUCCAAGUUCUUUUGCAUUUGAAGCUCUGUUAAUGCUUCUGUU